UAUGGAUUUUGAAGAAAUUUUUUCAAAAAUUCAAGGUCUUUUAAAGAGUGCCGAUCAAAAUGUAGGUCCACUAAAAAAAAUAAAAAAUCGUGGUGGAAACGAACCGGCAAUUCUUCAUAUUGUAUCUCAAUUACAUAAACUGUUAAUGCAAUACAAAUACUUGGAUAGUAAUCAGAAUCAUUUAAAUGAAGAAAUGUUACGUAAAAUUACAUUUUUCUUAAUUUUAAAUUGUGAUCUAACACGUAUUGAAGAUUUAUCCAACGAACCAAAUGUGGGACAUUUAGUCGGCAUUUGUCCCUUAAUAACACCCUGCAUUUUAUUUGACUGUGUAUGGGGCUUAAAUUUAGGACAAUAUUUGAGUGAAAUAUUAACUUAUGGUCCAGUUACAUUAUCUUUAGAGCUGUUGAAAGAUGCUGUAACUAGUGUUCAAUUUUCAUUGCCAUAUCCUUUGUUAGACCGUAUAAAAAUGUUAAUUUAUGCUAUUUAUAUGAAAAUAUAUCGAUUAAAAGUUGAUAAAAUUUACUAUAUACGAUUAGAGCAUAGUUUAUCAAGUUUAGUUGAAAGAUUAACUGAAUUAUUGCAAAAUUAUAUAUCUCCAAAAUCAUUUAAAAAUGAAGAUUGGGGCAUGAGCGACCUGUAUCGGUAUACUGGAUAUACGAUGAAAAGUAUAUUAGAACUAACAAAUGAUUGUCUUGAAAUAUACAUAAAUCAAUCUCCAAAAAUAUCAGAAUACCAUAAAUUAUUUGAAAUUGAAUAUAACAUUGGUUUAUUAUCAGCUUGUGAAGCAAAUUUAAAAGCAAUAAGUGUAAAAAUUUUUUGUUCUUGGUCUGAAUUUAAGUUGGAAAAUUCGAAUCAAACAAUACAAAAUUAUGUAGCAACAUAUGCACAUAUUAUUAAUGAAAAAUUGUCACAAUUAGAUCUCGAACCAGAAUUUCUUGAAGAAUUAUCAGGAAUGUUUUCUGCAAUAUCAAUAAAACCAUUAUCUAUAGAGGAAGAAAUUCAACAGGCUGAUUUGGAUACAAUUUUUAAGAAUGUACAAAACGAAAAUAGUAAUCAAAAGUUAUGGUUCAAAAAAUUUUUAUCGUUAGACAAACUUUUAAGUGAUGAAAAACAUAGAAACAUUCUGAAAAAUUAUAUAAAAUUAUGCGAUAUUGAGGACAUGAAUGUAAUCUUAAAGAACAUUUUUGAAGAAUGCUUUAAAAGCGAAUUGAAAACCAAUUUAAUGAUUGAGUUAUUAAAAUAUUUUAAACCGUUAUGCCAGCGAAAAAUUAAAAAUGAAAGCGAUCAAGUAAUUGGGAUAUAUUUAUUAAAAAAUGUUUGUGAUCAGUAUGCGACAAAAGAAUUUCAACAAACAUUUGUACAUUGUAUUCGUAAGAUAACUGAGGAGAAUAUUAUUUCAGCUGAAAAUGUUGCACAGGAGAUACUAUUCCCAAAUAUUUAUAAAUUUAUGGUUGAAAAAGAUUUCGAAAAUGUUUUACUGUGGUUGGAGGGUUGCAAGGAAAUUUGUGGACAGGAAUCGUUUUUCAAAUUAUAUACACCAUUUAUACUUUUCUUAGCACAAAUGUUAAACCAUUCACGAAACGAUAUUAAUACAUUCUCAAUUCAGUCGCUAAAUGUUUUACAAUUAAGUAUUUCUAUUACGAUAAUGGUUGUAAAUAAUGUAAAAAGUAAGAACAUUAUAUCAAAUGAAGAUAUUGCUUAUCUGAAAGAUAGCCUAAGUACAGAAUCACUUGUAAAUCGAUAUUAUUUUGAGCCAUUAUGGAAUAAUGAAAAUAUUAAUUAUUUAAAUUAUGUAUUUAUGGGUGGUUUAAAAGAUCACACACGAUCUUGGAAUGUUUCCCGACUUUUAGAGUUGUUGCCGUUUAAUACUUUAGAAGAGUGGAAAAUACUUUCACUAAAUAUUUUGGAAGUACAACCAGAUGCAUUGGAAUAUUUUAAAAUGUUAAAUGAUUGCAUAAACCUGCUUGCAACAGUAGUAAAACAGAGUUCAUCACAAACAAGUUUAGCAUGUUUUGAAUGCUGUAUAAAACAUUUCACCAUGACAUUAAAUGACAUAAUAUUUCCCAAGUUAGAUGAUAGUUAUAAUGCGCAAUUAAUCGUUUGGGAAGCCUUAUUAUAUAUGGUAACUCUAUUUCCAAAAGAUAUUAAAGAGAAUUGUUGUACACAAUUAAUACAAAUAUUAAUACCAUUGUUGACGAAAUUAAAACAAAAAAAUUCCAAGGUAUUUUCAAUUACUGUAUUAGAUUUAAUCUCAUUAGAAAGUACUGAAGCUUGUAAAAUAAUUUGUAAGAAAAUUACAGAUAAUUGA